AAACAAACAGAAGGCGCAAAUUUCUAAACUUGUCUUCUUUUUUACUAACAAGCCUUUUUUUCUGUGCAGUAGGUUUUCUACACUUAACUCCAGCAGUAAAGAUUGUAUUUGCUGUAUCCGGCUCUUUGUAGGGUGCUUGUGGCGUUAUGUGCGUGGCAGCAUGUCCAUUGCGAGCGCACUACCUCCUAUCUGUGAUCCGCGGGACGGACAUUUACUUGUGGACGGAGCUUACGUAGAUAACGUCCCAGCUGACGUCAUGAAAACCAUGGGUGCUCAAACAAUAUUUGCCAUAGACGUAGGCAGCCAGGAUGAGACGAACCUCACCAACUAUGGCGACAAGUUGUCUGGAUGGUGGUUGCUGUGGAAACGCUGGAAUCCAUGGGCAGAACCUGUCAAAGUGCCAAACAUGAGUGACGUCCAGUCCCGCCUUGCCUAUGUGUCAUGUGUGCGUCAGAUGGAGAUGGUGACAAACAGCGGAAUGUGCGAGUACCUGCGGCCACCCAUUGACAAGUAUGGCACACUGCAGUUUGGAAGCUUUGAUGAGAUUUAUGAUGUGGGUUACAACCAUGGUAAGGUGUUCUUCUCUGCAAUGGCCAAGGGAGAUGCUAUCAACGAACUCUUCAAAGAGAAAUCUAAAGAUAGAGUAAAACCCAAAAUACAUCAGUGUUUUACUCCUCUCAAUGCGACCUUCACUGACCUAGCAGAGCUUGUGUCUAGGAUUGAAGAACCACCAAAAUUUUACACACCCAGUGAUGAAACGGAUUCUGAAGACAUGGAUGAGGAUGGUGAUGACAUAAUAGAGGUUGUGGAGGAAGGAGAGGAUGAGGAUGGAGAAGAGUAUGAAGAUGAGGAAGAGGAGGAGGAAGAGGAGGGAAUGGAACCUCAGCCACUAACAACCUCAGCUUCUGCUGGGAGACUUAAACCAAAGCAUUCUCCUGGUCACAGGGUGAGUCAGGGUCUAAGAAAAAGAAACCAUCCAGCAUCGAGACUAUCUUCAUCAGCCACAAAAAUCAAGACUGUUCGCAAGGACUGAUCUUAAGGAAUCUCACUGGACAGUGUCAGCCUGUAUAAACAUCUGAAGGGAUUUUGGGGGUAAAAACCAGGGGCCACAGAAACACUGACCAUUACAAGUUCAUGUAAAAAUCUAUGUGGUUGGAUGGGUGUGGAAAUAGACAUUCCUUGUAUGCAAAGAGCCUGUGGUUCUUGACAGUUGGCAGAGUACUUUACUCAUUUCCAAAGAAACAAUGACCGGUAAUGCACACCAAGUUUGAACUGUAAUAAAGGAUAAAAACAAGUAAUUUUCAAAAUGCAAGCUUGUAAGUCUAGGAGGAUUGUUAUCCAGAUGAAUAUGCCAAGAACCUGUGAGUAGAGUGGUCAGCAGCAGUCAACUACAAAUAAUAUACUAAUACUAAGCAUAAGUAUUUUUAAAUUAUUGGCCUGACAAAUGUUGAGUUGAGCACCUGGAGUGCUGUAGUGUACAGAUACUACUACUACUAUGUCAACCACUAUAUCUGCAAGAUGCUCCACAAAGUCCUGCACUAGCUCAUAUAUACUUCUCUAUAUGUUAAUGUAAUGUAAUGCUCUGAUGGGGUUGGGUAUUUUAAAUAUCGGUGCAUGUUUGAGAUACACCCAAUUAUACUCUGCACUGUGUGGAUUGUGCCUUUGCACUUGUUAUAUGUAAAGUGUUUGUAUUUGAUUGAUUAUGAUGCUGUGCCAGGUCAGUGGUGUGAGUUGUAUAUUCUACACAUCUUGCACUUUGGUCUCACUGAAAUCUGUCAAGGGUCUAACACAAGGCCCUCUUCAUUACAGAUAUUGCAUGCCCAACACAAGUCUUAUCUUCUCCAGAUUUGAUGCACCAAGCAGUGUGCUGUUCAUGGUGUACUUUUUGAUAACUGUCACACUUGCCAGACAGAGUAUGCAGAGACUUGGACUUAUUUUGCACUAAAACAUCCAUUGUCAAAAGGAAUUUAAGGCAGUUGUGUCAAUUAUACAGUGUUGUUAUUUUUAAAUUCUUUUUUGGUGUGUAUAAAGGGGGUAGAUGUAUGUAUUUAUGUUUUGGUGCUGAAGGUAUGCAUUACCCCAUCACAGUAUUACUGUGUGAUAUUAGAAUACACUAUGGAAAUUAUCACAGUAUGAAGUAUAAUGCA